AUUUAAUUCUUGCUUUUGUAUAUAAUAAUAUGACCUGGACAUCCGAUUCAACAAGUUACUCAUCAAAAUUCAGUUUUAUAUAGAAAAGGGCUAAAAAGCAGUAAUAUUCUAACUCUCCUUAGUGGGGAGCCAGCAGCCUGCAAUACUACUAGAAUUGAUUGUUUUCUCUCAAAUGUCAGCAUGGAACAUGUGGGCAGAAAACAUCCAAUUAAAAAAAACUGCAGCAAAAUAUCAUUUUUCACUUUCAGUUCAAGAAGCCUGGAAAUCAGUUUGUGUAAUAGCUUGCUGGCAUGUAUCCACUAUAGAAACGUCUCAGCCAAGAUGAUAAGGAGGCGAGGUCUUGCUUUGCAUGCACAGCUUGCCAGUAGCAGCUGAUAUGAAUUGGUCUUCCCCAGCAGCCUGGAGAGCUUGCAUACAGCAAUCUCAGUAACAGGAAAUUUCAUAAGUACGUGGCUGCCUCUAGCGAAUGCAUCGUUGGUCACAGCUGGCUAAAUGUCUCAGUAUUAUAAAGGGAAAGGUGCCGACCAAAUGCCACGGAGUAGAGGGAACUUUAUUCAAUGGCUUAAAAUGCAGUCUGGAAAGUAGACUAAUACUUCAUGUUUUACAGCACUGGAUUAUUACAGAGAAUCUACUUCACAUACACAUGGAUAUUCACAACAGAAGCAGCAUACAGACAUCGCUCUUUCAUUUCUGAUUUACCUAAAGGUAAAACAUGGUGAGUAAGGAACCAAGUAAAUGCCAACUCACAAGUAAGGAAAAUGAAACUGAGCAAGAGGCAUCACCAGCAUUGGAAAUGAAAUAUGCUCUGGAUCCAAAUAGGCAGAUUAGAAAAAGGAAUAAAGCAUUACAGGUGAGAUUUAAAGAUAUCCGUGAGGCUCAGAAUGAACAGGAGAAGAGACUUGCUGCAACACAGCAAAUGGACCAAAAAACGAUGAAAGCUAUUUCUUAUAAGGCAGCUUAUCGCAAAUACAUGACAGUGCCUGCACGAAGGUCAAUUCCAAAUGUUACCAGGAGCACAGGUGUGCAAACAUCACCUGACCUCAAGAAACGCUAUCAGACAUUCCCUUUGGAAAGGAAGAAAGUAAAUGUCAUUAAAAUUGCUCCCACUUUAGAAACAUUCAGGCGACAAAACAAUGGUUUGGCAUUUGAAAUUAAAGAUAAUAACCUCAAUAAAGACUUCGGAGCACGUACCAUAAGUAGUACAAAGAAAAGCAGUCAGAAGAGUCCGGAUACCAGCAAACUGAAUGAACAAGCCGGUAGUGUGAGAUUGGAUGCUUCCAGCAACAAAGACCAAGAAAUACACAGUUGCACUGAAGACUCACUUCAAAUAGUAAAUUUGACAGAUUCUAACCCACCUGAGGAAAAUUACCAACAGUGCAAUAUAACAACAUAUGAUCAGGUGUCUUCAAGAAAUCAGAAAUUUAAUCAAACUGAGCUGCAACUAACAGAUUUCACUUCCUUCCAUUUAACAGAAAGCAACUGUGAACUUACUCAGUCUGAUCCCUCAACUCCCUUUACACAGGACUCCUCAGAAAAUGUGGCGACCUGUGAAGUGCAUGAAAGAACUUUGCACCCAGCCAGUCAGCAACCUAAAUCGGUGUAUGGUCAACUCUGUUCAGUACAGUCUCCACAAAAGGAAGAGCUCUCCGAAUCCACUGUGUCAAACAUUGCACCUAGAGAUGAAGAUCAGUCUAAUCAAACAGCAGUAUCAGUAAUGGAGUCAGAUCAACAAAUUGUACCUCUUACAGAACCUGUGGAUCUGAAAGCUCAGCUGCAAAUAAUGGAAAAUCUGAUCAGUUCCAGUCAGGAAACCAUUAAGGUGUUGCUUGGGGUCAUUCAAGAAUUAGAGAAAGGCGAAGCCCUCAGAGAAGGUCUUUCCUACAGAACGGGACAAGAUACUGCAAACUGUGACACCUGUCGAAACAGCGCAUGCAUUAUUUAUAGUGUUGAACUGGAUUUCAAGCAACAAGAAGACAAGUUUCAACCCAUUAUGAGAAAACUCCAUUCUACCGAAGAAACUCAGGUUUCAACCCUGCCUUACACACAAGAAUUUUGUUCAUCUGCCUAUCAAAAGCAAAAACCUAACAAGACUGAAUCAAAAAAGCAUGGGAAAUGGAAACUAUGGUUCCUUUAACAAAACCUAUUAAGAUUUCUAAAUGUUAAUUUCGUUCAUUUGAAGUGAUCACUUUUUUUGAGUGGUUUGAAAAUUGAGCUGAAUAUUGAAUUACCAGAAGUUUAAAAUCAGCAUCAGUCAAUUCAAGGCAUUAUUCAGCCCAAUCAUGCAAUGUUGAGAAUUUUACUACAAUGCAUGAUAACAAAACUACGUUUUUUUUUUAAAAUUAUUUACAGUUGAGUUAGAGUUACAAAUAUGAAGUAUCAAUUCCAAUGUAUACAUUCAAUAAUUAUUUGUAUUAACCAAUUAAGUGUUAUGGUUUGACCUGUUAACGCCAUUUCAUGUUCUGCCAGUCAGCAAGAUAUUCUAAUGCCUUCUUCUAUUAAAUAACACUGCAGAAAAUUACAGAAAGCUGUACUUUUACAGGAAUUUCAUACUUUAAGUUAAAGGCAUGAAAUUAACACGUUGAAGCUGACGGCAGAUUCGGGAGGAAGAGCACAAUCUUCAAAUAGGUAUGCCAGGAUAAAUAUUAACAAUGCUUCUCAGAAAGCUUUACAUGCCAAAAGAUAGCCCAGUAAAUCUGCUUCUAAAAUAGAAUCAUACCUAACAUUAAUACUGCGUAAUGUUUUACCAAAUCACUUUUAUGCACUCUUCAUGUAAAACAUAUGAAUUGUACUCUUAUGCAUAAGCAAUGAUGCAUCUUUAAGCAUUUCCAUUUGACAGCUCUGGCACAGAGUAUAUUUUUCUUCAUUAAGAAUAUUUUUAUGUAAUAGUAUUCAAAAACUAAACCAAAUGGAAAUAUCAACCACAAGUAAAUGCAUUAUUUUUAACGGGGCAAGGGAAGAACUAAUAGCAACCACAGUAAAGGCUUUUUAAAAAGAACUGUGUUAGGCAAUGUACAAGGUAGAAAACAAGCUGUAUAAGAAUUCUGUGGAAUAUAAUGAGUAUCCCGCAUAUGAUAUGGAUUUUGUUCCUUUACAUUAUAAUACUAAACACCACAAGGAGACUAGAAUGUAUGAAGUGGCUUUUGUCAUAUGUAAACAUUAGUUUUCACAUAAGUACUUUGCACUACAAAAAUAUUUCAUUUUCUUGUACGAGUUGAAAGAAUCACUUGGUUAAACAUUAACUCAAGUGUAUAUUUGUAAUGCAGCAUAAAUGAAUAUGAAAUAGUUUAACUGUAAAGACGAAAAAUUACUUUCAUAUUUAGUGCAAUCUUAUUGGAAAAUUAUUUUAACAUUUAAUCUUUGUAAAUUAUCAUAAUAAAUGCAAUUAAUUUUACAUCAACGUUGCUUCGAUCUGUAAAUCCAGUUUAAGAAAAUCUUGAAAGUAAUAUUUUAGGGAGCAAAUAUUUUUAGUAUUAGAAAAAUCAGUUUAAUAUUCUUUUAAAAAUGCUGUGUCACAUGAUAAUUUUGAAACUCAAAUUCAAAUGCUGAAGUAAAUCAAAUAGUUGAUUUGUACAUUCAUGGAUAAGAUCUAUAUGCUAGUGAACCUCAAAUGCAAUGCUUCAUUAUCCAUUAUCCUGUUUUUGUUUAAUCUGACUUAACUUUUAAAAUAAUGCAAUAUUUGCACACUUUUAAUUUAUUAGAAAAUCAGAUCAGAAAUUCAGAAAAUUAGAGUUGAAGGCUACUGCUCCAAAAUGGAAGAUAGGGAGAUCUUAUAUACUAUUUACAACAAAAUCUAACAUCAAUAGUUUAAUUCAUUAGACUUCCCCAAGUACCAAAUGCACACUUGCUUUCCUCCAUUAAGAAGGGCAGUUGAAACAUGACCCAUCUUGAUCCUCUUGCACAGUAUGCCAAAAAAUUGAAACAGAGGUUGAAUUUUCUUCUAUAUUAUUGAACAUCUUAUUCUCCUCAGUUCAAAAUUUCAAAUCUUAAUGUCUUGAUUUUACAUCUUAUUGAUUCUUCACUGUCAUGCUUCUUUUUUUUUGUGGGGGUCUUUCUGUUUUAGGGAAUAGGUAGAUGUCCAGUAAAGGAGACUAGAUGAAGGAAAGAUACUGAACUAUUUUUUUUUUAAACAAUAAAAGGCUGCAAGGUGUAAAGUAACAAUCUGUGGAAUAUAUAUUAUGUCUAUGAAACAUAGCGUUAUACCAUAGUGGAAAUUAGAUUCUAGGAUAUAUAUUUUUGAUUCAACUGUUAAUGAUGAUUGGUGAAAAUUUUGAAUUUGAAAACAUUAUUAUCUUUUUUAAUUGCUACAAGUGUCAACAAAGCUCCACAAUGAGCACUGUUGCCUGAAGAAGGGUCUCGAUCCGAAAGGUCACCCAUUCCUUCUCUUCAGAGGUGCUACCUGUCCCGCUUAGUUACUCCAGCUUUUCAUGUCUAUCUUCCAUAUAGCUAGAGAUCCCAGUUGUGGAGAUUGUGCAAAUCUACCAAAUGCAAUGCUGUUGAGGCCAAUUAAGUGAAAUUGCAGGGAGUGCCCCCAAAAAGCAUGCAUAGGCAAUCUCUGAAAACAAACCCCCAAACCAAUAUUUAUGCUCCAGGCAAUGCCCUCUCUUGGCCUUCCAACAUCAAAUUAGUUUCAGCAGCAAUAUUUAAAGGGAUCAUUCACAAUUUACAAGUUGGUUGCUGCUUUAUUUCAUUUGGUUGUUCCAAGAUUCUGUAAAUGUCAAGCUUUUCCGAUCAGCUUUUUUUGCAAAUGAAUGGCUUUCCCUUUGGAAUACAGCAUGACUCCAGAUCAAGUCAAUCAAACUUCUAAAAGAUAAAUAAGCUGGAUAAAAGAAUUUGCAGAAUGCCAUUUAAGUCUACGGCGUUCUGAGAGCAAUUCUCCUAUUUGACCCUCACAAAGGACCAAUGCAAGAGGCACCUGCACUUCAAUAAGUGUGCUUGGAACAAAGUAUGCCUCUUAAUGUAACUAUGGUACAUGACAAGGCCAACAUAACAUCUGCCUGAUCAGAUGAUUUAGCAUUGAACCGUUAUAUAUAUCUCAUUCCUUCAAUGUUGGAACUGAAGAUAAUUUCUAUAUUUCAGUUUUCUGUCAAUUAUUGUACUGACACUGUCUAUUCAAAAAGUGCUAAUUCUUGCCAGAGCACAACAGGCAGUGAAAAUAUGCAGCUUCUACUGGGAUUACUAGGAACUCCCCCUGAGACAGAGUGCUAUUGAGUACAUGCACAUCAUUUGCAAAUGCUUCCGAUCAGCUCCACCCAAGUGUGAAAAAGAUGCUCCUGAUGGCUCAUGUGCGACUAUGGACAGUUAUGCCUCAUACUCUGGAAGCAGAUUCCAUUCAGCCAAUGGAUCAGCUGCACUUGAUCCUCCAUGAAUAAAUCAAGGCAGUGCGCAUUGAGAACAUAGUUGAUGAAUUUGGUUUACUGUCCAUGUACACACUUGGAAGAAAUGCAAAUUUAGAUAAAGGUAAAUCACUGAUAUCCCCAAAUACCUCUUCCUUUCUCUGGAUGUUUGAGAAGGACUCAAGAAUAAUUAUCAAAAUUUGCAAUCAUCUGUGACACUCUGUAAAUGCCUAUCCAUCACAAGAGGAUCGCCCUAGAUGCCAAUUUAUAGUUUUGAUAAGCAGUUGAGGUGGAAGAGGAGGAAUUAAAAAUUCUGGAUACAGUCUAGAAAAACACUUUCCGGCUAAGCCAUCCAUGAAGAAAUCAUUAAAAAACAAGUAAUUACGACCAUCCACCAGCUAUCCCAAACCUUACCUUUUCUCCACAAUUGAACAUCAGUCAAAUGCAGAAAAUACCAAGGAAUAAACCCUACAAAGAAAACUCUAAUGAGGUCCUACAUUAACCCAUCAAAACCCAGUUUAAGCAUCAGUGAAUGAAUUGCUGCAGGUGUAAUUUGGCAGCAUUGGCCAUGAUUUUUUUCAUCACUCCGUUUUGGGACAUAUUUGCCCACAUUAGAUUCAUCCUGCUUUGUCAGGGGCAAUUUUCUUUUUUGUCAGCUAAACAUUAAAUGUGCAACUAGAUCUGGAACAAAUGAUCUCAAAAUCCUUGCUGUAUUUGUUUAGAUGCCACGAAGAGUAAAUCAAAUUGAUUUCUGUAAUAAAAUAAAGAAUGUUGUGAAAUAUUCAUUGGCUAAGGCAGCAUUAGGUGGAGAGAGAAGAACAAGAGAUAACAUUGAAGAUUGAUUGCCUUUCACUCCACAGAUGCUGCCAUUUUCUAUUUUCAUUUCUAAUUUACCGCAUUUGCAUUUUUUAGCUUUUGGUUUCCGGCAGGUGGCAGAAAGAGGCCAAGAUACAGUGCCCUCCAUAACAUUUGGAACAAAGACCCAUCAUUCAUUUAUUUGCCUCUAUAUUCCACAAUUUGAGAUUUGUAAUAUGAAAAAAUCACAUGUGGUUAAAGUGCACAUUGUCAGAUUUUAUUAAAGGAUAUCUUUAUACAUUUUGGUUUCACCACGUUGAAAUUACGGCUGUGUUAUACAUAGUCCCCCCAUUUCAAGGCACCAUAAUGCUUGGGGCACAUGGCUUCACAGGCAUUUGUAAUUGCUCUUAAUUGCCUCCUUAAUGCAGGUAUAAGAGAGCUCUCAGCACCUAGUCUUUCCUCCAGUCUUUCCAUCACCUUUCGAAACUUUUAUUGCUGUUUAUCAACAUGAGGACCAAAGUUGUGCCAAUUAAAGUUAAAUAAGCCAUUAUGAGACUGAGAAACAAGAAUAAAACAGUUAGAAACAUCAGCCAAACCUUAGGCUUACCAUAAAUCAACUGUUUGGAACAUCAUUAAGAGAGCACUGGUGAGCUUACAAAUUGCAAAUGGACUGACAGGCCAAGGAAGACCACAGCUGAUGACAGAAGAAUUCUCUAUAUAAUAAAGAACAAUCCACAAACACCUGUACGACAGAUCAGAAACACUCUUCAUGAGUCAGGUGUGGAUUUGUCAAUGACCACUGCCUGCAGAAGAGUACAUGAAGAGAAAUACAGAGGCGACACUGCAAGAUGCAAACUACUGGUUAGCCGCAAAAAUAGAAUGGCCGGUUUACAGUUUGUCAAGAUGUACUUAAAAGAGCAACCACAGUCCUGGAAAAAAGUCUUGCGGACAGAUGAGACGAAGAUUAACAUAUCAGAGUGAUGGCAAGAGCAAAGUAUGGAGGAGAGAAGGAACUGCCCAAGAUCCAAGGCAUACCACCUCAUCUGUGAAACACAGUGGUGGGGGUGUUAUGGUCCUGGCUUGUAUGGCUGCUGAAGGUACUGGCUCACUAAUCUUAAUUGAUGAUACAACAGCUGAUGGCAGUAGCAUAAUGAAUUGUGAAAUGUAAAGACCCAUCCUAUCUGCUCGUUCAAACAAAUGCCUCAAAACUCAUUGGCCGGCGGUUCAUUCUACAGCAAGACAAUGAUCCCAAACACACUGCUAAAGCAACAAGGGAGUUUUUCAAAGCUUAAAAAUGGUCAAUUCUUGAGUGGCCAAGUCAAUCACCCAAUCUGAACCCAAUUGAGCAUGCCUUUUAUAUGCUGAAGAGAAAAACUGAAGGGGACUAGCCCCCAAAACAAGCAUAAGCUAAAGAUGGCUGCAAUACAGGCCUGGCAGAGCAUCACCAGAGAAGACACCCAGCAACUGGUGAUGUACAUAAAUCACAGACUCCAAGCAGUCAUUACAUGCAAAGGAUAUGCAACAAAAUACUAAACAUGACUACUUUCAUUUACAAGACAUUGCUGUGUCCCAAACAUUAUAGUGCCCAGAAAAGGACUUAAACACUGCUGUAAUUUAUACACGGUGAAACCAAAAUGUAUAAAAAUUGCCUUUCUUAAAAUCUGACAAUGUACAUUUAACCACGUGAUUUUUUUCUAUUACAAAUCCCAAAUUGUGGAGUGCAGAGGCAAAUAAAUAAAUGAUGGGUCUUUGUCCCAAACAUUAUGGAGGGCACUGUGAAUAAUGGGCACUGUGGUUUAAAAUAGCUGUAAGUAAUUCACUUCAGCACACGUCAUUAAUAAAGUGGAUGUCCUUUACCCAUUGGGCAAAUGUCAGUUUCUGAAGGGCAACCCCAUUAGUCUCAUUCCACCUUUCUUAACUUCACUGUAUUCAUGCAACUCACACACCUGCCCAUAAACUCCCUUUGACUUUUUUUGCCAUGUCUAUAUGGUGUAAUUAUUGCAGCCAAUUAAGGUGGGAACAAGUCUUUGUCCAGGUAACCGGAGCACCUGGACAAAAUUCACACAAUCAUGGAGAAAAAGUGGAAACAGCACCUGAGAUCAGGAUCAAACCAAGUCUCUGGACAGUGAAGCAACACUACUAAUGACUGUGCCACUACGAGCUCCAUUUGGUUUAUUUAUGAACAAAAUAACAUUGCUUCAUUUUGAGAUGAAGAUAAUUAAAACAUUCUGUUGCCGGAAUCACAAGUUGAUUUUCUUGUAAAAUUAUUAAUAAAUGGAUAAAUUCUCUCAGUAUGUCUUUAGAACAAGAGAGUUAAACAGGAGAGAUUAAAUAUGUGUGAUAUUUGAUGAGUUUAAAAUGUUCUUUGGUUCUACCAUUGUUGUGCUCACUGAUCUGGAAAAUUCAACCAAGGAUUCUCAGUAAAGAUGAAAGAGUUUAGGGUGCCCUCAGGGUCACAAAAACAUGUAAAACACCCAAUUCCACAGCAUUUUCUGCCAAUGUCCAAAUAUUUCGUCAGGUUAUUAUGCCGAUUUUUUUUUCUGUCUGGAGAUUUUAAGUCUCAGCUGUGAAAAAGCAAAUUAUUUUUCACAUAAUCUCCAAGUCAUAAUGUUGAUAUAAAACAAUUAAAGCUUUUAACAUAAAGUGUUCCAUUUUAACAUUCAUGACCAGAAGGUGGCCUACUCGUCAGAAAAAUGUGCAUGGGUGGGAUUAUGGGUAUGGAAAAGAGAAAACUGAUGUACAACAAUUAGGAAAUAAUACUGUGUACUUUUAUAUCCCUUGUAUUAAUCCUACAAACGUAGGCAUAGUAAUCAGUAAAAGACAAUUCCUAAUGUCGUGACAGAUAAUGGUGGCAGAUUUUGAGUAAGGCAGAUUUGAGUGCUUGACAGCCUCUAUUAGAGCUAUUUCUGUUUUGGUAUUUAGUCACAUUUGCCUCUAUUUACUUUAUUUUAAAUGGAGGAUUCCCAGAUUGUUUUUGUAAGCCCAUAAAGAUCACCAUGAUUGAUAGGAACCAGAGUUGACCAUUCCAGCUUGGUUAUUAUUCAGUACGAUUAUUCAGUAGGAUUCUGACUUUCUCUUAAGAAGGAACUGCAGAUGCUGGAACAAUCGAAGGUAGACAAAAAUGCUGGAGAAACUCAGCAGGUGAGGCAGCAUCCAUGGAGCAAAGGAAUGGGUAACAUUUCGGGUUGAGACCCUUCUUCAGACUGAUUCAGAACAGGUUGAAACUCAUUAGUGAUUAGAAGUUGAUUAGAUUGAAACAUAUACAAUUAUCAAUGGACUUUCAGGGUAAAUGCUGGAAGGAUAUUUCCUCUUCUGGAAGAGUUCAGGACCUAAAGAACACUCUGAAGAAGGGUCUCGACCCGAAACGUCACCCAUUCCUUC